AUGAAUCAAAUAAUAACUUUCAUAAUAUUUUUAUUGUCUAUUUCUUUUCAACUUAUUAUUACUGCUAAAUCAUAUCAAGGUUCAACAAAUUCUUUAGAUAAUGCCAUUACAGGUGAACCAAUUGUAGAAUGCUUAGAAGAUAGAGUAAAGUUAACAUUUAGAACAGAAAAACCAUUUGGUGGUAGAAUUUUUGUUAAAGGUAUGAUUGAUAGUCAUGAAUGUGUAAAAACAUUUAAUGGUAAUAGUAAAAAUGCUGUUGAAUUUGAAGUUUUAAACGGCGAAUGUAAUAUGAGAAGAUCAAGAAAAAUUGGUCCCGAUCAAAGAGGUGUUGAACAGGCAGUUACAGUAAUUAUAUCUUUUCAUGAUACAUUUAUUACUAAAGUUGAUAAAGCAUAUAGAACAACAUGUUUUUAUAUGGAAACUGAUAGAGUUGUAACAAAUAGUGUUGAUGUUAGUGCACUCCCAACAACAGACAUUACAGAUACAGCUAAAAUGCCAAUUUGUACUUAUUCUGUUAGAAGAGGAUCAGUUACUGGAGCAAUUGUAACAUAUGCAACAGUUGGUGAACCAGUUUUUCAUGUUUGGGAAUGUGAUUCUGACAUGUUUUCAAUGCUUGUACACUCAUGUUUUGUUGAUGAUGGUGAUGGUAAUAGUAGAAAAACAAUUAUUGAUGAACAUGGUUGUUCAACAGAUACAAUUAUUCUUCCAGAAUUAACAUAUAAUCAACAAAAUAAUUUAGCUUAUACAGAAGUUAAUAUAUUUAAAUUUGCUGACAAAGUAACAACAUAUUUUCAAUGUGCUGUUUCAACUUGUAUGAUAUCUGAAGGUAUGUGUGUUGGAAGAACACCACCAAAAUGUGCUGGUACUAAUUCAAAUUCUAGAAAUAGACGUGCAUUAGAAAAUAAACAUAUUGCAGCUGUCAUUAGAAAUUCUCCAGAAAAUUCUACAAUUGAUGAUCCAUUUACAAUGGAUUUGUCUGCUGAUAAAAUUGUUGUUCUUGAUCUUGAUGAUUCACAAACUAAAAAAAUUGGAAAUUUAAUAAAUUCAGAAAAAAAUAUUAUAUCUGCUUUGGAAAAUCAAGAUAAAUAUGAAACAAUAUCAGCAAUAAAACAUAAUACAUCUCAACUUUGCAUAUCACAUAACAUGAUAAUUAUUCUCAUACUACUUUCAAGUUGUACACUUUCUGUUGCAAGUGCCAUUCUUGUAGCAUUUUUUUUUAAGUUGAAACGUCAAGAUUCAAUAAUUUUUACCAAACAUUAG